AUGGAUCCUAGAGGUAAAGGCGUGAAUGAUGGAGGGGGAAACAAGCUAGGGGCUUCCAAUAGAGAUGAGAUUGAAACCUUCCAAUUGCUGCGAGGUGCCGACCCAAUCAUAGCUGAGAAUUGGGUGCAGAAGAUGGAGAAGAUACUAAUGGUGCUGGAUUGCAUUGAGAAACAGAAGGUCCUCUUUGCCACUUUCAAACUGGUAGGAGAGGUCGGGCGGUGGUGGUUGGCAGUAAAGCUUUUGGAAGAGCAGGAGGUAGUAUCUAUUAUGAUGACAUGGAAGGAGGUCUUCUACGACCAGUAUUUUCCCGCCUCGACCAAGAAUGCAAAGGCGGAGGAAUUUUUCAACUUGACACAGGGGAAUCUCAUUAUGCAACAGUACGCUGCUAGGUUCGUGGAGCUUUCUUGUUUCUCUCCUUUCAUGAUCCUAGAUGAAUAUCAAAAGGUGAGGUGGUUUGAGAGGGGCCUGAAACAGAGGAUCCAUGAACAUGUGGAUGUUUACAGAUACAGAGCUUUUCAUAACUAG